GGGGUAUAGUACCGUCACUCGCCGCGGUCUGAGCUCAACCCGUGAGAUCGGCCUGUAAGCAACGCCGCUGGUCUAGCCCAAGGGUACGAAUCCUCGAAGUACAUACUGUGGUAAUUGUAAUAAAAAGGGGUCCCUUGGGUUACUGGGGUUUUCUUUGACAUCAUGUACCUUAGUAUUCAGCUGUCUCAUUUCGCAGAACAUUACAUACAGUUUCAAUCGCACUAUUAUCGUCCAAUUCGUUUUUAUUUGUCACUUUCACUCACUUAAACGGAUGUUCAUAUAACGCAACGAACGUUAAUAACAAAUCUAAACGGCUAAGGCGGAAAAGAAUUAAGAGACUACGGCUUGCAUCGGAUUACUGUUUAACUGCCCUAUAGGCUAUCAUUGCUACGUUACCCGAAGCUCCGCUAUCAUGGCCAAGGCCGCCGUCAAAUCCGAAGCGGAUAGCGUAGUAGAACAUCCCACCCUCCGACGCAGCUCGAGGAAUACUGGUAAGAAAGGCGGAGAUGUACCAAUCAAACGAGAAGAUCUACCUGCGAGUGUUGCUACGUCUGCGUCGGUCUGGCAAAGGAAGAGGGUCAGGCCGAAAGACGAGGAUGAGGAUGAGGAUGAGACAAGCGAAGCUAAGCCUUUGACGAAGAAGAAAAAGAAGACUACAUCGCCUUUAUCUAACUUCACUACACGGGUCAAGGCCGAAUCACCUAGCCCGGGAAAAGAGGUUGCGAGCAGAGGAAAGAAGGAGAAGAGUCAAGAGAGUAGAGGGAAUAAAGGAGCCGACCUCCGGGCGAAGAAACUAAAAUCCUACGCGCAAUUCGCCAAUAAGUCACCAUACCCGGACUUCCCGCGGCCGACGCCCGAGGAGUGUCAGCGCGCAUACGAUGUUCUUGCGAAGAUGCAUGGGGAGCGGAAGCGGCCCGAGAAGGUAUUAAGCGCGCCAGCCGACAGGGCCGGUUGUGGCGAUGCGCCGUCGGUUCUCGAUGCGCUGGUGCGCACCAUCCUGUCGCAGAACACGAGCAACAAGAAUAGCACGCGCGCCAAGCUAGACAUGGACGAGGUAUACGGCAGCGGAGAUUCCGAGGAGCGCUGGGCUGCGAUCGCAGCUGGCGGUCCUGCGAAACUCGAGAAGGCUAUUGCUAGAGGUGGUCUAGGAGGCGUCAAGAGCCGCGUCAUCGUGGAGAUUUUAAACCAGGUUAAGCAACGUUAUGGCAAGUACUCGCUAGACCACCUGCUCCGGCUCGAGGCUGGAGGAGACGACGAGGAGGCUAUGCGCGAACUCAUCUCGUUCCGUGGCGUAGGGCCUAAGACUGCGAGUUGCGUGCUGCUGUUCUGCGUGGGGCGCGCCAGCUUCGCCGUCGACACGCACGUUCACCGACUGACCGGUAUGAUGGGGUGGCGCCCGACGUCGGCGUCUCGUGACGAGGCGUUUGCGCAUCUCGAUGCGAGGGUGCCUGACGCGCUUAAGUACGGCUUACAUGUUCUGCUUAUCGAACACGGACGCACGUGUCCUGAGUGCAAGGCUGGCGGGAAGGGGUCGGGCCGGUGCGAGCUCAGAAGGACAUUUGGACGUAAAGGUGGUGGCGGGGAGGCCAAGGAGGAUGCCGAGGAGGAGGAAGGAAUGGUCCGGAUUAAGAACGGUAUCAGUGACGAAGAUGACGAUGGAAGAACAUGACGAGCUUAGACUUAUUCUUACUUCCUCCGAGCUAUUCAUCCUUCGUCUCCAUCUCAUAUAUCUGUUUCCAGGUAGAUUAAACUAGAUAUUCGUUUCUAAAACUACCUUUAGUUUAGAUACUAAUCGUAUUGGAUAGACUAUGUAUCGUUCGGUGUUUGAAAUAUCUUCCUCGACAAGGUCGUUUCGUUGCCUGAGAGGAUUCAAGAUACUGUGGAUAGUUAUUAUGUUUGGUCUGGUCAGGAAGACAAAACCGGCUGGCCCCAUACGAGCAUCUGUGAUGGGAUAGCUGUUCAACCAGUUCGGAUGAUGCCUUCUCUACUCUACCUUCUUAUCUCCUAAGGCGGCAUUCUGCGGGCUUCUGCGGCACUUGAUAUUAGCAUUGGCAUUAGCAACCAAUAUAUUCAUAUGGCACCU